AAAAUCCACACCUACACAAUCUCGUCAGUUCAAUUCUAUCUGCGCGAAUAUAUAUUAUCAACGAAAAUGUGUUGUACCGAAGCUAUCGUAAGAAUUUUAGUGUUCGUGGCUAACAUAGGAUGUCUUUUAAUCGGUGGAGUCCUAAUCGGUCUUGGCACCUACCAUUUAAUAAAUAUUGAUAGUGAUUACUUCCAAGGAAUACCUGAAGAAUACCAAGUCGUACGUUAUUUACCGACCAUAGCAAUAGUCUUGGGAGCAAUCGUUUUGGUCAUAGCGUUUCUUGGAUGCUGUGGUACCCUAAGAAGCAACACUUGCAUGCUUUCCACUUACGCCAUAAUACUGAUCAUCAUCUUCGUUCUUCAAGUGGCACUGGGCAUCUACGGACUGGUAACGAUCAAUGACACCGACGAGUUCCAGAGUCAAAUUAAUACAACCGUUAGCAAUUUGUUUAAGCAAUAUAACGUCCAGACUGACGUUACUGGAAUCGUUAAUUUGAUCCAGAAGAAUUUGGAUUGUUGCGGUCCGGAUUCUUCCAGUUUUUGGAUUAGUAUUAAUGAAAAAAUACCAGACAGUUGUUACAGUGAUGACGGCGCAUUAUUUGAGAAAGGAUGUUCUCAAGCUCUGUAUGAUUUAAUAAUGAGUUCUGUAACGAUCAUCGCUAUUGUUGCCUUAGUGGUUUCUUUGAUUGAGAUCUUGGGGGCUGUAUUUGCACUGUAUUUGAAUAAUAGGAUUAAAUCCAAGAAGGCGUAUGCUUAGUACGUGAAAUUUUGUUCCGAAAUAAGAGAUUUAUUAUCAUUUUGUAAAUAUGUACAUAGUUUUAUUGUUAAAAUAAAUACAUAUAUUUAUUCA